AUUUCCGCACUCGCCAAAUUUUCGAAGGGGGGAGGCGAGUUAGGGUUUUUUGUCGAUUGGUUUCCGACGAGAGAAGGGGAUGGGUAGAGACGGCAUGGUAUCGGCGGCGGCGGUGGCUGAUUCAACUAUGAAGAAAACGCAGGCGUCGAGGAGUUGGGUAUUGCUUGAUUCUGAUGGGGAGGGAACAAUUCUUGAUAUCGACAAGUAUGCGAUUAUGCAUAGAGUUCAGAUUCAUGCGAGGGAUCUGAGGAUUAUUGAUCCAUUAUUCUCAUAUCCUUCCGCCAUUCUGGGUCGGGAGAAAGCAAUUGUUCUUAAUCUCGAGCAUAUCAAGGCAAUUAUUACGGCGAAUGAGGUGAUGCUUAGAGAUCCUUUGGACGAUAAUGUGAUUCCAGUUGUCGAGGAACUUAAAAGACGUUUGCCAGUCAAGAGUCCUGUCAAUUCCGCACAAUCCGAGGGAAGAGAGAACCUGGGAAGACAUUCUGAUGCUGAACCUGCUGAAGAAAAUGAAUCUCCAUUUGAGUUUCGGGCCCUAGAAGUUACUCUAGAAGCAAUUUGCAGUUUUCUCGAUUCACGGACAACGGAGUUGGAAAAUGAUGCUUAUCCAGCUUUAGAUGAGCUCACUUCAAAGAUUAGCAGUCUUAAUUUGGACAGAGUGCGCAAGAUUAAGAGUGCCAUGACUAGGCUGAUUGCGAGGGUUCAAAAGGUACGAGACGAACUUGAACAACUAUUGGAGGAUGAUGAAGACAUGGCUGACCUUUAUCUCUCAAGAAAAUUUGCAGUAACAACAUCACCUGAUAGUUCUGCUGCUCCUAACUGGUUGUCUGCCUCUUCCAUGGCAGUCUCGAGAAUAUCCAGAGCAGGAAAGGCGAGUGUUGCAGCCUUUCGUGGAAAUGAAGAUGAUGUUGAGGAUCUUGAAAUGAUAUUUGAGGCAUACUUUAUGCAAAUUGAUGGCACCUUGAACAAAUUGAACAUGUUGCGGGAAUAUAUUGAUGAUACAGAGGACUACAUCAAUAUUCAGCUUGAUAAUCAUCGAAAUCAAUUGAUUCAGUUGGAGCUGGUCCUGAGCUCUGGAACUUGUUCCCUCACCCUGUACUCGUUAAUAGCUGGGAUAUUUGGCAUGAACAUUCCUUACUCUUGGAAUGACGACUAUGGCUACGUAUUCAAAUGGGUGGUCAUCUUGUCAGGAAUCGCAAGCGCCAUUCUGUUUCUUGGCGUACUGGCAUAUGCCCGUUUCAGAGGCCUCAUUGGAACUUAGACUGGAAACAAAUUGUUUCACAGGAAUCUGUUCUGCGGCUUUUUUUUUCUUCAACAUUUUCCCCCCACUUUUUUUUUUUUUCCUUUUUCUUAUUUCUGCUGCUUUCUGUUAAAGAAAGCCCACAGGAUCUGCUUUGCUAGGCUCCCAAUUCUCAUAUCUUUGGCAAAUGACUUCACCUUUUUUUUUUUGUACUUUUUUAAUUAAGUUCUAUUAAUUUUUGGAGUCUGGUAUUAGUUUCUCCAUUUUAAUGUUGGGGCAAUUACAUAUAUACCACACAAGUCU